AUGCGCGCUGCUCUGCUCUUCGCCGCCGCCGCACCGGCGCUCGUCCUCGCCGCACCCGAACACGCCCCAAGAAUCACAUCGCUCAAGUUUUCUGGAUCUGGCUGCCCCAAUGACAGCGGCUCCGUGAAGGCUGUCUACGGUGAGCUCGGCGACGCGCCCGCGUUCACAUUCAGCCAGCUCCGCGGCGAUGACACGGGCAGCUGCGAGCUGCACAUCCAGUCCACCGGCGGAUCGCAGGGGUGGCAAGUCGCCGUGAAGGAAGUCGCAUAUCAGGGGAACGUGCAGUUGUCGAGUGGAAGCCAGUUGGACACAAUCACCCAAGCAUACUGGAGUGAGCAUGCGGCUGACACCAGUGUCCUCAGGGGAACAAUUGCCUGCGCGGGCCCAGACCUCAAGGAUUACGUUACAGUGAAGUCAAGCACGACGGACUUGAAGUGGUCCAAGUGCAUGGGAGCCGAUGGGAACCCGGGCAUCUUGAAUGUAAAUGCGCGACCAGUGGUACAGGGCAACUCAGGCACGUACGACAUCAAGCAGGCAACCUGGGGCCUGCAAUGGCGAAAGUGCUGA